AUUGUGUUGUGAACUCAGUUCACGUGGGUGAGUAAUGGUCUGAAUUGAAAACAAGUUCUCUCUUCUCCAAUAUAUUUUAUUAGGAAGUAUUGUAUGAGAUAUUGCAUGAAUGCUUACUUUGUAGCUGGCACUGGGAAUAAUGCUGGGUAUACAGGGGUGAGGAAGUAAGGUGUAGUCCCUGCUUUACAAAGCUCACAGUAUGAUGGGAAUACUACAGAUGUAUCUGGGCUGGCACUCUCAUUUCACAGCUGAAAAUUCUUAUAUUUCAUCUUGAUGGCAUCUCGUGAUGGGAGAGCUGGCUUUUACAGUAGAGAUGUGUUAUAGCUGUCUUUAAUUCUUUCUAACUCAGGUUGUGAGAACUAAAUGUUAAUAUAUAUAAAGCAUUUUCUUUUUAAUUGCAGGGCACACAGUGCUGUGUGGGAUUGCUGCUGCUAGUGAUGAAGAUGUUAGAUUUCGCACUGAGUCUACUGGGGAAAUUCUUAAAAUCUUUAAAGCAUCUUGGAAAUAGUUCAUUUUAGUUAUUUUGGAGCUGCUUCACUUAUGCCUAGAAUUUGGCUUCUGGGAUUAAAGUACCCUCUAACCAAUUACACUUUUGGUACAAAAGAGCCCCUCUAUGAGAAGGACAGCUCCGUUGCAGCCAGAUUUCAGCGCAUGAGGGAGGAAUUUGAUAAAAUUGGCAUGAGGAGGACUGUAGAAGGGGUUUUGAUUGUCCAUGAGCACCGGCUACCCCAUGUGUUACUGCUACAGCUGGGAACAACUUUCUUUAAACUACCUGGUGGUGAGCUUAACCCAGGAGAAGAUGAAGUUGAAGGACUAAAACGCUUAAUGACAGAGAUAUUGGGUCGUCAAGAUGGAGUCCUGCAAGACUGGGUUAUUGAUGACUGCAUUGGUAACUGGUGGAGACCAAAUUUUGAACCUCCUCAGUAUCCAUAUAUUCCUGCACAUAUUACAAAACCUAAGGAACAUAAGAAGUUGUUUUUGGUUCAGCUUCAAGAGAAGGCCUUGUUUGCAGUCCCUAAAAAUUACAAGCUGGUAGCUGCACCACUUUUUGAACUGUAUGAUAAUGCACCUGGAUAUGGACCCAUCAUUUCUAGUCUCCCCCAGCUUUUGAGCAGGUUCAAUUUUAUAUACAACUGAAUUCCUGCGCAGCAGAGAAGUAAGGGAAGCCGUCUUUGUGAGCACAGCUAUACACAGUGUAGAGUAAACAUGCUAGAAAAGUUUUUUUGGUUUUAUCUCUUCCCCAGUCCCUAAAUUACCACCUACUUUCUGUUGUUUGAAUGGUAAAGUUAAUAUGAAAAAUUUGAUUGUGGUAUAAACAAAUGUGAUAAUGUUUAACUUACUUUUGGUUCUACUCAUACUUUUUUGUACAACAUUAAAGAAAGUGGACUUCUUUCUAUUUGUUUUUUUGUUGUUGUUUUGUUUUUUAAUUUCACAUUAAACUUGUAAAAUUCUUACAGGCAAGGAUUGCUUUUCCCCCACUAGACAGGUGAAUGUUAAGAGACAAUGGCAGGUUUAGGUCAAUAAAGUUUGUGGGACCCUUGCUCUGAUACCAUUCUUGGGGGUAUACUCCAAAACCGUGUUGCAGAUCUUUGUGAUGAGGAUCUUCUGUUACUUUUGGGAGCUAGAGAUUUGCUUGAGUGAGUCCAAGGUGCAACUCCUGUACCAGUUUUACACUCUUAAUGAGUUGUAUUACAGCAGAACUCCCAGUGUAUUACUGACUAGUACAUUUUAUACCAGUAUCACUAGAUCUUAUUUCAACAAACAACAGAUCCUAAUUAAACAGACGGGGAAACUAUUAAAAUUGACUAGGCUGGGGAAAGUUUUGGGCAUUGGUAUAAAAAACGAGAGAGAUCUAGCGCUCAUUAGAACCCUCCCCCAGUAAUGCACAAAUUCCAACAUUUGUGCUGUUGGAAUUUAUGUAUCUUAGUUAUUCUUACAACCGUGGUAAAAUGGUGAUCUGUGAAGGUGAAGAAGUUUCUAAAAGUGGGUCUGUUACGUUUUGAACUCUUGGAUUGUAAAGUUAGUUAUUUCAAUUGACGGUGACAGUUACAGUGAAAGAGAUGAAAAUUUGGUUUUAACAAGUGACACAAAGCCCUUUUCAAAAAUAUUUUGGAAUGAUCUGAAUCAGAAUUAGAUUUUGUCAGCAUAAGAGAAAAAUACCAAAUUAAAAAUCUUUUUAAAACACUGCUAAAUUAGCGAUCAAAUUUGAGGGAAUUAAAAAAUAAAUCUUAAGGCAAAAGAGUUUGCUGGUCGUGUUAUUGCUUAAUGGUAUAUUGUGUAUGCCUUAUUACAAAUGAUUGACUGUAGGUUUAAUGUAGAGGAAAUCUUAUAAGAUGCAGCUACUUAAAGAAAAGAGAUUGACACAGUUAAUGUUUUUAAUAGAUAGAAAUGACCUUUUGGUUAGUUGUACGUCUUUAUGGUACUGACCACAGGGCUGUUCUCCUGAAUAUUGGGUGAUGUGAAAGAUACAUCAUACAUUAUUCCCUAUUUAGACUUGAGAAAAUCAGACCAAGAGCAGUUGAGCAAUUAUGUUUAUAAACAUUCAAGUUUAUUUAGUUGAGGUCCUGUCAGAUCUUCACACAAUUACGUAUCUAAUAGUGACUAUAACUGUGCCCAUGCUUAGUAGUAGGUGAGCACCGGUCUCCAGGACCAAAAAUGACCAGGGAUCUCCUUUGAAAAAGCCCCUAGUUUUGUGGACAGUCAUCCUCCUUCAAGUGUAACAGUCCUGCCCUUCUGGUUUACAUUCACUUGUUUCUAACUUAACUGUAAUUUUACUGGUGAGCUCACUGAUGAAUCCUACAAGAUUGGGGAAGGCAGAGGUGGAGAUGGCUCGAUCUAGCCCACCUUCCAUGAUUGUUUCUGGAAUCCAAGUGAAAAGCUGCAGUGAUGACUUGCAGGUGUGUUAGCUCCUGCCAUUUGGGGAGAGUGAGGAGAGGCAGACUUUCUUGGUGUGAUUUAUAAAGUGCUGUCAGUAAGGAGUGUUUGAGUUGAAGAGUCAUCUGAUUCGAGGCCACUUGUGUCCUUUUGUAACUUAAGCUUUGACCUAGAAAUUCUUUCUUGAGCAUUACUUCCCAGUUGUAUAAGUGCUUGAGUCAGUCAUCCAUACCCUGGGGCUUAAGUGAGAAAAACAGUAAGUUGGCUGAGUUAGUAACUUUGGAAUAUAAUAGAUCUGGUUUUGAGUGUAAAAUUCAUAACACAAACACAAAUUUUUAAAACUUGUAUUUGAACUGGUUAGUUAUAGUUGUAUCCCAAUGCUCUCUUGUUAAGUUUCCUGAUGAAAAUAGUAGAACUAGGGAAGUUCAAAUUUGAUGUAUUCCAUUAGAAAGAGGGUACAAGGGUACUGUUUAACACUUUCAUUAGGUAAGUUCUUAUCACACUUCUUCAAGAACCAACAGUCUUAAAAUGUGCAUUCCAAUUCUCUAAAUAAUAAAUACUGACUAGUUUUUAAAUGAGCUCUUGAUUAACUUAUAUUUUUGAAUGGCUUCUAUAUUCCAGGUUUGUUUGUAAAUGAGAGCCCACUUUUGCAUUGUAUAAUUACAAUAUAUGCCGUGUUCUUUUCCCUGAGUAAUCUGAGUAGUGAAUACUCUAUAUAAGACUACUAAAUGUCAUUGGAAAAUAUUCAGUAGGUUGAGGGAAAAACUAAAAAGUUUUACUCAAAUGUUUUAAAUCAUAUUUAGUAUUGACAUCCCUUUGAAGAAAAGUGAAAUCUAUUUUUUUUCUAUGUGAUGAAGACUUGUGAUUUUUUAAAACUCGAUAAUACUUAAAAUAGCAUUAUGAUAAUUCUGUGUAUGAAUUUGUACUUUUAACAGUAGUUAAGACUUCUUUUUAUCAUUGUCUUCCCUUGUAAUUAGCAUUGUAUGGUUCAGUUAUUAUUAUUAUUUUUUUUGCGGUACGCGGGCCUCUCACUGUUGUGGCCUCUCCUGUUGCGGAGCACAGGCUCCGGACACACAGGCUCAGCAGCCAUGGCUCACAGGCCCAGCCGCUCCGCGGCAUGUGGGAUCUUCCCGGACCGGGGCACGA